AAGACAUCUACAAGCAAGGACAACCUUUGGGCAAAAAUUCUCAAUCUAAAUUCAAUCUCUGACUCUAAGACUCGUUUUCUUUUUUUUUCAUUUCUUUAACCUCUCUAACAUUCUUUUUUCCAUUCUUUUUCGCUUGCCCUUUUGGGAUUAUACAACUUUCAUGAGGAAACUUUGUCCAAAUAUUGACAAAGAUGAUGGCCUUGAGACAGUUCUUGAGGUCCCAAUACCAGAAGAAAUGUUCACUAGCAUGGGGAGCAAUGUGACCUUGCGCUGGCAUAACAUGUUAACAUGGAUGAGAGCUCAGACUUCUGAUAAAUGGUCACAGCCAGUGAUUGCUGGACGUAUUAAUGAGCUGCGUUUCCUUCUUUAUAUGGUUGGAUCUCCUCUUAUUCCUCUUCAGGUUCAAGUUGGUCAUUCUGUUUACAAGCCUGUCAAAGAUUGUUCCAUUCAAGCUUCAACAGCCAAAUACAUAGUGCAACAAUAUAUAGCCGCUACAGGAGGACAACAAGCACUAAAUGCAGUGCAUAGUAUGUGUGUAACAGGUGAGGUGAAAAUUAGUGCAUCAGAAUUUCAUCAAGGAGACCAAACUAUUAAUGUUAAGAGCUCAGAGGAGGCUGGUGGUUUUGUGCUUUGGCAAAAAGAUCCUGAUCUCUGGAUCCUGGAGCUUGUUGUGUCAGGAUGCAAAGUCAUUUCUGGAAGCAAUGGCAAGAUCUCUUGGAGGCAUUCUUCCAAUCAACAAACGCCUAUUUCAAAAGGUCCUCCUAGACCUUUGCGUCGUUUCUUGCAGGGUUUGGACCCUAGAUCAACAGCAAACUUAUUUAUAGAUGCAACAUGCAUUGGAGAAAAAAUCAUAAAUGAUGAGGAUUGCUUUAUACUAAAGCUAGAAACAAGCCCAGCAAUUCGGGAGGCACAAAGUGGUCCUAACUAUGAGAUAAUUCAUCAUACAAUUUGGGGUUAUUUUAGCCAAAGAUCAGGCCUUCUGAUUCAGUUUGAAGAUUCAAGGUUGCUAAGUAUGAGAACAAAAGAUGAUGACGAUGUAUUCUGGGAGACAAACACAGAAUCAGUAAUGGAAGAUUACAAGUAUGUUGAUGGAGUGAAUAUUGCACAUAGUGGUAAGACUCGUGUUACUGUGUUUAGAUACGGAGAGCAAUCUGCUAAUCAUAAGAGGCAAAUGGAGGAGAAAUGGAAAAUUGAAGAUGUAGAUUUUAAUGUAUGGGGUUUGACAAAUGAACAUUUUCUACCUCCUUCCAGCCUUAAAUAUGAAAAGAUAUAGUUUGAACUAGUCAAGUACUUGAGAACGUAAGAUCCUGUAGUCUAUCUUGAAUUUUUUUUGACAAUUGUGUAAAUAGUAAUACUGCUAGCAAAUUGCAAGAGAAAAGCACAGAUGCAUGUUCCUUUUUUCAGCAUUAAUUUUUUCAUUUCAUAAUCAUACCAAUCCCAAUUCAAUGGUAUUGCUCCUUUCCAA